AUGCAAGUAAUCAAGUUUCAAAAAUGCAGGCUGUACCAGUCGGACAUGCCAACAGAAAGACAGAGUCUGCAGCACAGACACCGAGGAACUGAAGCGGAAGUGGACAUCAUGAAGUUCUCAGUUUUGCUAUGUAUCCUCGUCGUCCAGUUUGGAGCCGGUCUUUCUGUGUCAGCUGUGAAAUUUAAAAGUUGUAACCAUGUAAGAGAAGCGGGCUUCCUUAAAAACCAGACAUACACUCUUAGGAAGAAUGACACAACUUCCUUCAGGGAAACGGAACGGCAAGAUUCAAUCGUUCCUGGUCGGACUAUCAGAGAGGAUUUGGAGAUAGUUUGGAAUUAUUGGGCAGGACUUGACAAUAUUCAUUACUUAACUGCUACAGGAUACAACAUCUUAAAUGUAUUAAUGUAUGACUGGUCUAAUGUUGCUAAAUACAUCGACUAUUCCCAAUUCAAUGCGCCGAACUAUGAGCUCUCCAUACGAGGUUCUGUAGGUCAGGUCCCAGAUGACCUCUUGUUCAACCAUGGGAUGAAGUUUGCUACGUAUGACAAGAACGACUACAAUGGUUGCGCAAUUAGACUAAGAGUGGGGUGGUGGUACAAUGACUGUACAUACGCCCUACCCACCGGAGUUUAUUAUCCGGGAGGAAACUAUACACCCACAGACGGGUUCUACGAUGGAGUGUUUUGGAAGGACUGGAGGGGAUACGGAUACUCACUCAAAUUUAUUAUAAUGAGUUUAUCUACUGUGUAA